AGGAGGUGUCGCUCAUGCACGGCUAGCCUGUAAUUAUCAAAGCAUUGAAAUUCAAACCCUAGAAAAUGGUGCUCACAAUUUCACAAAGCCAGCUCCUUUAAAACAUUUUGCUUGUCAACAUUCAACAACCUUCUAGAAAAGUCAUUUGGCGUGGUCCGUGAAGCAAGUACGUCAAAAACAUCGAAAUUUCGUUUCUUCUACAUUUGCAAGAACAGGAAAAACAUUUCUAUAGCCUACAAGAAAAUUCACUUCUAGAAUUACCCAUCUGAUUUCAAGGGGAGCAGGUGGGCUAGACAAAAACAUGUCUGAGAAAGGACAAGUACACCCAGAUUGUCCUAAUGCAUCAAACCCCUACCACGAAUGCACUCAAUCUUGCCUCAAAAAGAUUUCUCAUGGCCAAUCAAGCAAGGAUAAGAAGAAAUCAGGCUCCGUCAUCCUUGAUGUUUCCAGAAGUUUUGGCAGGAGAAAGAAGGAAAGUUCCCGGCCAAAUUCCCCACAAGUGCAUGACAGAGUGAUUUCUCCAAACGCAGUUUACCCUUCUGGUUUUGCUUCUAAGACAAAGGUGGAAGUAGAAGAUGGUGAGGAUUUUCCUCAUAUUCAUGCUAAAGAAACUUAUGCCCAAUAUCCUUUUCUCAACAAGGUCCAAGUCAAAUCCUCUCAAGCAGUGCCUACCUCUGGAAUUCUUACACUGCCUGACAGUUCCACAGACACUCCGAAGAGAAAUGGUAACCACAUCUCUGGAGAAACACCAAACAAUCAGAAAGAGGAUGAAAAGCUCCAUGCUUCACAUAACGGUGUUCGUAAGCCUAUUCUUGAUGACAAGGGAGAACAUGGUGCUGCUUCAGAAAAGCUCCGUGCUUCACAUAACGGUACUGUUCCUAAUCCUGUUCUUGAUGACAUGAGAGAACAUGGCGCUGCUUCAGCUACCGAGACCAUGAGCUUCAGUUUCUCUGGUAUUGCCACUGCUUUAGAAGGCAGCGAUGAGGAAGAGAUCCAAUCUGUAGUUUCUGAUUCCUGUGUCUCCGUCGGAAGAUAUCAUGUAAAAGAAAGCUCAGCUUCCAUUCUGCAGUCUAUCUUUGACAAGUAUGGAGACAUAACUGCAAGCUGCCAGUUAGAAUCAUUGUCCGUGCGCUCUUAUUAUCUGGAGUGUGUGUGCUCUGUGGUCAAGGAGCUACAAUCCAGUUCAGUUAUACAUCUGACCAAGCCCAAAAUCAAAGAACUUUCAGCAAUUCUUAAGGAUGUAGAAUCUGCUCAAAUUGAUGUCAGCUGGCUGCGAGGCGUAAUCAAUGAGAUCACAAGAGAUGUUGAACUCAUCAGCCAGCACCGAGCCAUUGAGUCAGCAAAGACAAACUGUGACACUGAGUUGGAAGCAAAAAGGAAAGAACUAGCAUCUCAAAUGGAAGAUCUUUCCCUCAAAGAAAAAGAGAUUGCCACUGCCAAGAAACGGGUAGCUAAAACCAGAGCUCAGUUGAGUGAGCUUGAGCUCAAAGCUUCCCAGUUCAAUGAGACUAUUUCGUCUAUAAGGUCCAAGGUAGAAAAUUUUCAGGGCAAAUCCUUAUUAGAUGAACUUUUGUGAUGCAACAGUGAACAACCAAAAGGUUUCAUGUUGUAAUACAAUAUAUUUGCAAUAGAACACCAUAAACUAGGACGUCAUAUAUUUGCAUGUUGUAAUACAAUAUGAAAUAAAUGGAUUUGAGGCUUUACUUAAAUUACUAA